AUAAAAAGGUUAUCAAGCGAUGUUAAUUUUUGCAUUGAAUACAGGCUAUACACCCUGACAACUUCUGUUUCAGUUUCUCAUAUCAACAUAUCAAACUCAAAAAAAGAACAAAACCAUCUCAAGAAAACAACCAAUCUAUGGCUUCUAAUUCUUUAUCUUCUUCUUGUUACUUAACUCUAGUAAAGCCAUCUUAUAAUAAGUUCAUUAAUCCCCGUCGAAUCGUACGAGUUCGAGCACAAAGCUUUAGAGAUGAAGGAAGGUCAUCAAUUGACAUUGUUGAAGAAAAUUUGAGUGUUUUAAAAGAGAGAAUACAAGAAGUUAAGGUAAAGGAGAAGCUUGAGAGAUGUUGCAGAUGUGAACAUGGAUGGAAUUAUGCAGCUGGGUACAAUUAUAAGAUCAAGAAACAAGCAGAUUUAUCUCAGUUUCUUGAUCUUUUAAGGUUGAUUUUUGGUGCUUUUGGUUUCAGUUGUGUAAGUGGUACUUUUGUUCUUUGCAUUGUUUCAUUAAUAGUUCAUUUGAAUCAGUAGAAAAUAUUAUUAUUUCUAUAUUUUUUCCGAAUGUAAAUGAUGGAUAUUCAUAUUGAUUGAUUCAUUGUAAGUUUAUGAUAUUGUUAUAAA